UGGGAUCGCAAAUAAACCCUAAAAAAUAAAGGGCAACCCUUUAAAUAUAGCUUGCUGCCUCGUUCGGUGAUGAGUGAUAACCAUCUGGAAGACUCUGAUUGCUUCCAUUAUCCAAAAUAGGGCGAGAUUUGAGAAGGGGAAAAGAUGUUGGACUCAAGUCGCAUAACCUUUCUCUUCUUCCUCCUCAUCUGCGCCACCACUUUCGUCGGCGCCACCGACCACAUUGUAGGAGCCAACCGAGGCUGGAACCCCGGCAUCAACUACACUCUCUGGUCCAACAACCAGACCUUCUAUGUCAACGACCUCAUCUCUUUUCGGUACCUGAAGACACAGUACAAUGUGUUCGAAGUGAACGAGACGGGUUACGAUAACUGCACAAUUGAAGGAGCCACGGGGAACUGGAGCAGCGGAAAGGAUUUCAUACUACUCGACAAGGCGAAGCGCUACUACUUCAUCUGUGGCACUGGUGGUUGCUUCAACGGCAUGAAGGUCUCUGUUCUGGUUCAUCCGCUUCCGGCACCGCCACAUGCUGCCAAAGUUCCUGAUUCUUCCAAUCAAGCUAGAUUCCGGCCGGCACCGGCGGUAUUUUUUGCUUUGCUGGCUGUCGCUAGCCUCGAUCUGGUUCUAUGGUAAAUAAUUUUAGGGAAAGAGGUUGGACACGCUAUCACUUUGUACUUUCUGGCAUAGUCUCUCCCUUCUUUCCUUUGUUAAAUUAAUUCUUUUUCUUUUUUUUGGGGUGGGGGUAGCAACUUUGUUAAAUUAAUUCGGUUGGUGUGUGAGAUACAAAUGUAAGAUUUAUCGUGUAGAUUCCUCUACCCAAAUUGAGAUAUUGAGCUUAUAUUAAUGCUGAA